AUGAGUGGGGCUGGAAUGGCCGAUGAUAUGGUUUCAAAUUGUGGUAGUAUGUUUGUUGCAGUAGGUGAGGAUGGGGAAGAAGACGGGUUCGAGUUAGGAGGAGUUAUUGUGGCGGUGGGAGUAUUUGAUGCUGGGGCGGACAAGUUGGGUUGUGAUGUGGGGUGGGUUUGGUGGGAGGCCAAGUGA